AUGGGCGCUUCCUUCUGCUCGCCUGUCGACGAGCGAUGCACUUGCAGCCUUCAGUCCACGAUCCAUGCAUUCCGAUUUCCCUUAUGGGCUGUGAAGGUUUCCGACUUCUUGGAGAUGCUGGGCCCGCCCCGGCCCCACCACCGGCUGCAGGAGGAGGGCCUGCUGCACGAAUGGUUUCCAGGCAUGUUCGUGAUCUUCACUUCGCACCAGUGGUUGAGUUCCACCCACCCAGAUCCACAGGGUCAGCAGAUGGAGGUGCUUCAAAAGGCUCUCCGCGGGAUGAUCGACGGAUCGCUGCAAGUGCAUGAGGACCUCGUGGCCAGAUCCGACAGGAUGAACCUGUCCAAUACUAUUCGUCAGCACAUCGCUGAGGGGUUCCUUUUCUUCGAUUGGUUUGCCAUCCCUCAGAUCACCGUACGGAAGGAUGGCGUGAAUGAAGAGUCUGUAAAGAGCGCUGCAGCCUUGGCGGUACAAAGCAUUCCAGCUUAUGUUGAGCUGUCCAAUGUAUUCAUUGCGCUGGUGCCAGAGCUAACGCACAAAGAUUCGUCUGCUUUGGUGAACUACGCAUCGUGGCUGUCUCGCGGGUGGUGUCGCGCCGAACUCUGGUGUCGUCUAUUGUCAAACAAGAUCGACACCACCGUCAUCGUGAUUCAUUCCCCGACCCAAGCCGAGUUUAUGUUCCCACUCGACUGGCAGCACAACAGCAUCGUGAACGGGAACUUCACUGUGGAAUCGGAUCGUGCCAUCGUCGUGCAGCUGGGAGAGACGGCCGUGGAAAGCAAGAUCCAACAUUUGCAGGUCCAUGGCCCCUUGCGGGAUUGCCGUUUCUACUGCGCCCUGCGGCCGAAGCUCCUGUGCCAGGAACGUGCCGAUCGAACGCUGCAGAAGUUUUUGGAGGACUUCCGGUUCGGCAGCCUGGAGCAAGCCGUGAAGGAUACCAGUGGUAUGAAUGCAGUGAUGUGCGCCAUACUGUCUGGUGACACUGGCAUGUUGCGCUUGUUGGCAGAAAGCAGGGCGGACGUGAGCCGUCCCAUGCAUGGACUCAACGACCUGGGAUACUACGACACACAGACUCCUCUCAUGGCGGCGACGAAGUCGCAUCAAGACCCGGCUGUGCUGACCACGCUUGUUGAGCUCCGCGCAGAUCCCAACGGUCGUGCUAGUAACACGAAGUUGUCGUCCUUAUACAUGUGCCGAUCAGCUGGACACGUGCGGGCGCUGCUGGAACAGAGGGCAGAGCUCGAGCACGCCGCCUUGCACGGUGCCGCAGCUUUAGCUGGUCCAGACACGCUUCGAGAGCUCUUGAGCCGCCAGUGCGAUCCGAACCAUAUCCUAGCUGGGCGACAGGAGCGAUUUGGGCCAUUGCACGCAGUAGCCUUGUUUUCGCUGAGCAAUCGACAUGCCGUGGAGGCUGCCAAACUUCUACUGGAGCAUCGUGCAGAUGUCAAUUCGCGCUCCAGUCCAUCGGACGAGUUCUUGUGGGAAUGCAGGAAGGCCCGCAUGCGGGUGGUGGUCCUUGGGUUUGCCAACUGCAACAUGAUGACUCGCCUGCGGGCCUCCAUGUCUGGGAUCAGCCCACUGGGCUACGCAGCAUUGGUCGGCCACGGGCAGCUGACGCAGCUCUUCCUCGACUACGGAGCCGAUCCGACUCCGAACGACCGCGGGGACACGCCGGAAGACCUGGCGCGCAGGAACCACCACUACCACCUGAUCCCGAUGCUUGCGACCUUCGCCACCUGA